ACUGCACGACUGCUCCCUCCUCACGACGAUGACUCUCAGCUCCUGAUUGAUUGAUUUUUUUUCUCGUCACCAUCCGUCUUGAAGCCCAAUUGAUUCCUCGAUGGGUUCCCGCAGCCAAGGAUUCUUCCAUCACCACCAUCACCACCACCACCGUAGCUCCAUGGUGCCCACCACCGUGCCGAGGCUUCUGCCCGAGAACGGCAGCCUGUUGGGCGGCAUUGCGCAGAUCACACCUAACCUCUUCCUCAGCAGAGGGAAUGUGGCGUCAAACCGCAGCCUGCUGUUGUCCAAAGGCAUCACCUGUGUGGUCAACGCCACCAUCGAGCUGCCAAACUUCAACUGGCCUCACAUGGAGUACGUCAAGGUUCCGUUGGCGGAUAUGCCACACUCUCCCAUCUCCUUGUACUUCGACAGCGUGGCGGAUAAGAUCCACAGCGUGGGACGCAAGCGAGGGGCAGUGCUGGUGCACUGCGCGGCGGGCGUGAGCCGCUCAGCCUCCCUGUGCCUGGCCUACCUCAUGAAGUAUCACCGUGUGUCUCUGGCAGAGGCUCACGCCUGGGUCAAAGCCCGGCGACCCGUCAUCAGGCCCAACGGUGGCUUCUGGCGGCAGCUCAUCGAUUAUGAGAGGAAGCUGUUUGGUAGGAACUCUGUGAAGAUGGUGCAGACGCCAUACGGGGUCAUACCCGACGUGUACGAGAAGGACCGCAGGAACCUGGCUCCAUACUGGGGCCUGUGAGAGGCGGCUGUGGGGGUUUAGGCCUGUUCUGGACAGGUGACAUGGGACACGUGUGAGUGUAGAUCUGUGAGAAGCUUAUUUAACGAAUGUCGGUGUAUGUGGACAAAGGGAAUAGAACCAAAUGUUGGUUGUUGACGGCGCUGCUGUUCAUCCAGUCAGUCGCCUCCAUUUUGCCUUUGAGUGGGAGAAAAACCACAGAAUCCUUUGGACCAAAGGAUCAACAGCUCAUGUCAAAACAAGAUGAAACACUCAGAGAGUGAAAGUUGGUGCUGUCUGUUCUGGUCUGAUGUUCUGGUCUGAUGAUCUGGUUCCAGUUAGGGAUGGGUAUUGAGAGCCGGUACUAAAUUGGUACCAGUUGCUCAUUGGUCAGUACCAAAGUAUCAAUAGGUGUCCGAACAAAUAAUUCCGCUAUCAAUAUUUAUCCUACAUUUAUUCUAAUUUUACCUUAGAACAGCUGGAAAUGGGAAAAUUCUAACACAUGUUGCUAGUAUUUGCUAGCAUCAAGCACUAUGUGUGAUGUUGUGCUGUUUUCUGGUUCAUAUUGUCUUUUCUAAAUUUAGCACAAAUGCAUUGACUUGUAUGUUAAAAAUAUUGUUGCUAGUAAACACGAGCAACCACACAAAACAAACAAAAACUAGUUUUACAGCUUUAACAAAGCUAUAAUUUCUGCUGCUGCUAAAAGAACUGUUCUCUCUGCAGCCAAAAAGCACUGUAAAUUUUUGUCUCUCUUUGCUAAAUUUAGCGCAAAUUAAGUAAAACAUGUUGUUGCAAAUAAACUAGCAACUCACGAAACGCUACAAACCAAUAAUACAAAACUAAUAUUUCUACUGCCGCUAAUAGAAGAGUAGCAGACAAGCAUUAAAAGGUUUGGGCUGUCUUUGCAUAAAUUAUGCUACGUAUAUGUAAAAUUGUAGCAACAACACGAAAAAAAACAUAAAAAUUCAAAGGUCAGUGCUAUAAGUUUUACUAGUUUAGCACAGUUAACUUUUCUGCUGCUGCUAACAGAAGUGUAGCAGAUAAAUGUUAGAAUGUUUGGGCUCUUUUUGCAAAAUGUUAGCACAAAUGUAUUGACUUAAAUGUAAAAAGGUAGUCACAAGUUAACACUAGCAACACCACAAAAAACACUUACUAAUCAUGUUUUACUUCUUAGCAAAGCUAACAUUUCUGCUGCUGGAAGUGUAUCAGAUAAGUGUUAAAAAGUUUGCUAAAUUUUAGUGCAAAUGUUUUGUCGUAUAUGUAGAAAGGUAGUUAAAAUUAAACACUAGCAACCCACAAAAAACACAAUCAUGUUUUACUUCUUUAGCAAAGCGAAUAUUUCUGCUGCCGCUAACAGAAAUGCAGUGGAUAAAUGUUAGAGAAGUUUUGUCUCUCUUUUUAAAUUUAGCACAAAUUAAGUGAACAGUGGCAACCCCACGAAAAACACUUUGGAAUGUAAAAGUUUAAUAACAUCAGGCAGGGCAACAAACUUUAGAUUUCUGCUGCUGCUGCUAACAGAAGUGUAGCAGAUAAGCGUCAGAAAGUUUGGGCUGUCUUUGCUAAAUUUAGCGCAAAUGAAAAAAAUACAAAAGUCUAAUAGCAUGAGUCAGUGCAACAAGUUUUACAAGCUUAGCACAGCUAAGGUUUCUGCUGCUGCUAACUAAUGUGUAGCAGAUAAACGAAAGGUAAUGCAAUGUAUAAGCAAAAAUGUAGUAAAAAAACACUAAUCAUGUUUUAAUUACUUUAGUAAGGCUAACAUUUCUGCUGCUGCUAACAGAAAUGCAGUGGAUAAAUUUUAGUCUUUUUUUAAAGUUUGGGCUCUCUUUGCUAAAUAUAGCACAAAUAAAGUGACAUAUUUACGUAAAAGAAUUAUUGUAAGUAAAGGUUGGGCUCUCUUUUCACAAAAUUUAACAGAAAUUAAGUGGCAUGUACAUGUAAAAAAAUAAAUUGCGAUUAAAUGGGGUAAAAGCUAGCAAAGAUUCAUGUGUAGCUGAAGUUUAUCGUAAAAAAAGUCCUCUGGUGGUGAACUAGGAAGUCGCGUAUCCUUAGCACCACUUUAUAGACAAGUAUUGAUAUGUAUCGGUAUUGAUAAGCAGUAUCAGUAUUGAAAAAAAAAA